AUGUCAGAAGUCACCCGUCAAGAACAAGUCAAUAAUAACAACUCGCCUGCUGCUACAGAGGAGGCCACAACACCAGCUUUAAAUCAAGAAUCAUUGAUCAAUACAGAUGCAGCUCCAAUAAUAAAGCAACCGUUCCAAAUCAAUAAUGCUAGAUUGAUUCUAGAUGAUACGAUUACUAGUAUACCCAAUGCUAGCCCUAAUCUACCUACGACGAGCGUUAAGACAACAUGUAAGGUGACUAAAAAAAAGGGAAACAAACGUAGGAAGAACCAAUGUUAUUAUGGUGAUUGUUCCAGUACCAUUUCCAAGUUUAUCGGGAAUUGUAAGUUUUGCAAUAAAAACUACUGUUCCAAGCACAGAUUAAUGGAGAUCCAUGAUUGCAGAGGUCUCAAGUCUUGUAGAGACCAGAUGCACAAGAGAAACGCAGAAAAACUGGCUUCUGAGCAGACAAAGAGUCCCAAGAUACAGAUCUAA